AUGUCGCCUCCACCGGGAACGGCUGGCCUGAUGCUCCGACGCACCAUCUCUUCAGAGAUGCAAUACGCAACCACUAUGUCGUUGCUAUCAAGACCACUGGCUGGUGCGUUGCGGUUCGCGGCCUACCCCCCGGAAAUCACCUCGGUAAUGCUGUCGGCGCCCAGACGGGACAUGCCUACCAGCAGAUGGUGCACCUCCACCAUCAACGACAGCUGCAUUCGCAGCAGUAAAAUGGAAACCAACAAUCGGCUGAUGGUUGUGUAUGACGAGCAGUGCCGUCGACAAAACGUCGAGCAGCUGCAUGUAAAGAACAAGCAAACUAGGUCCCACGAGCAAGGUCUGCACCAAGCUACCACUGCGUCUAUCAAGCACGGCGAACAGCUGGAAGAGAUGCAACUGCCGGCUGUUGCAGCGCCCACGACUGUCCCCGCGGACGCGGGCGUCCAAGUCGUCUAUGGUUUCCAAGAGGUGCCCAAGGCCCCGUCGUUCAACGGCAGCACCAAGGUGCAGAUGCGCAAGUUCUUGGACCAGUACGAGACGUACGCCAGCGAAGUCAACAUCGCCCAGCGCGCGCCGCUGAGCGUAUGCAUCGACCCGUUAUCGGUCGAAUGCAUCGCGUACUGGGAGAUCGGGAAGCUAGCCACGGGCUGA